AUGGCGGACUGGGGCUUAACAAGCUUACUGCCCCGAGGGAUCUUUACCCGGGAGGAAGGCCCAUAUCGGUCGACCAUCGAUCUUGUCGUUGCGUCAACGGACCUGAGCAGGCGGGUCACGCGGUGUCGCAUCCACCCUGUUGAACAUGGGUCAGACCACCGUGCAAUUGAAACAACCUUCCAGAGCGAAGCACGACCAACGCCUCCCCCGACAAUCCGCUUCUCAUUCCGCGAAGCUCCAUGGGCCGACAUCAACAGGGAGUUAAGAGACCUAGAGACGGAGAUCACAGAUAUCACCGACCGCUCGGAGCUAGACGCGACUGCAGGGCACUUGACUCGCAGGUACCACCGAGCAAUCCGUGACACCAAACGACGGCAUUGGAGAGAGUUCCUUGACAAUACCGACAACAUCUGGAAAGCGGCACGAUGCCUCCAGCCAGGUGACCAAUCCAUAGGGAUAGUCCCUACACUGCGCUCGGGGGACCAGACGAUCAAUGAUGACCAGGGAAAGGCCCAUACGCUUCUUAGGACCUUCUUUCCGCCGCUGCCCAAUAUCCAGGAUGAGCCGCCAAGAGACAAAUCGCUGCCGGACGCCCUUCCCAUGGAGAUGAUCACGGAACACGAGAUCGAAGUGGCUCUAAAGAGGAUGGCUUCAUGGAAAGCCCCCGGACCAGACGCGCUGCCGGUGGUGGUAUGGCAACAAAUAUGGCCUACCGUGAAACAAUGGGUCGUCGAAAUCUUCCAAGCGUCACUCCGACUCAGCUACUUCCCCAGUGAUUGGAAGGUAGCUAAGAUCGUGGUGAUACCCAAGAGUGGACGUGACCCAUCGUUGCCAAAAUCAUACCGCCCUAUCUCGCUGUUGGCGACUCUCGGAAAGGUACUAGAAGCAGUCGUCGCCAACAGAAUCUCAGCCCUAGUCGAAAAACACCAGUUACUGCCCCCAAAUCAUUUUGGCGCUCGCCAGAGGCGGUCAUGCGAGCAAGCGCUUAACAUCCUAAUGGAAAAGAUACACGAUGCGUGGCGUGAGGGCAAAGUCCUCAGUCUGGUGAGCUUCGAUGUGAAGGGUGCAUAUAACGGAGUGGACCGGGGUGUCCUGUUGCAGAGACUGCGAGAACGAAGAAUCCCGGAGGUCCUAAUCCGAUGGGUUGACAGUUUCUGCUCCUCGCGACAGGCGUCGAUCAUCGUAAAUAUGUACCAAUCCGAGGAAAUGGAUAUCGAGAAUGCGGGCCUACCGCAAGGGUCGCCGCACUCUCCUAUUCUCUUCCUAUUCCUGAAUGCAAAUCUGGUGGAUGUCUCUAUCACCAGAAGAAAGGGAGCACUCGCUUUCGUUGACGAUUAUACACGUUGGACGGUAGGCUCGUCUGCUGAGGCGAAUACAACCAUACUCCAGCAGAAGGUCAUCCCACGAGCGUUACAAUGGGCGGCGCAAUCUGGCGCAACCUUCGAGGCGGAGAAGACAUCGUUCAUCCACUUCACAAGGAACCAGCGGCUGCGCCAACUGCCUGCGGUCCCGUUACACAUAAACGGAGCGAGUGUUGCCCCAGCGCCUGAAGUUAAGAUUCUUGGUGUGAUACUCGACCAGGGUCUACGGUUCAAAUCACAUAUCGGGCAGACUGUGAAUAAAGGAAUGAAAGCUGUCCUUGCACUAAGACGACUACGCGGGUUACCUCCUUCGGUAGCUCGCCAGCUCUUUACCUCCACAGUCACAUCAAAGAUUGACUAUGCAGCAUCGGUGUGGUGCCCUAUACGACAGGAUUCUAUUGCUGCGGCGGGAACCGGACGGCCGUUCGAAGCCAUCCAGCGAGUCGCGUCUCAGGCGAUCGUGGGCGUCUUCCGGAACACAGCGCUCGCCAUCGCCGAGGCAGAAGCAGGGAUUGAACCGACUGUCGUACGCCUUCGAGCACGCAUCAUGAAGCAUUGGAUCAUCUGCCACACCUUACCAAGGGAUCACCCUUUCUGGCCCUGUCGAGCGGCGGCCGCAAUGCAGAAUAAGAGGUAUCUGUCACCGUUCAAAAUACUAGCGAAGUACGGACCACAAUGCUUGUCUGACAUGGAGGUCAUUCGACCCUUCCCUCUAGAUCCAUGGCAACGGUCUCUCAGGGAGUUGAUCAUCACUGUUGGAUCUGAUAUGAACGAGCUGCAUGAGGCUGGCUAUGCCCGUCUCUGGUUGUUCACCAGUGUCAGCGUCCGCAAUGGUUUGGUCGGAGUGGGGCUGAUCGUUCGUGUUAACCAAGUCGAUAUCGCCUCGUCAUACCGGACGGUCGGAAACGAUGACUCGCUCAACGCUCAUUACGCACAGCUGGGGAUGGUGCUGGAGGCUGUCUCAUAUGUCAUGACAAUGCUCCCUCGUAUCCAGAUGUCACCGUACAAAAUCCAGGUUGUGAUCGUCGUGAGCAACCCUGCUGUCCUGCUUUCGCUUGCGAAGCCGCACCUUCAAGGCGGACAGGCUCUUAUCACUAGGAUCACCAACACAAUCGACCAGCUGCUGGAGAUGGGGACUAAGGUUAGCCUGCAGCCACCAACUGAUGAAGACCGCGAGAAUACUACGCGAACACAUACCCUCGCACGCGAAGCAACAGAAGAGAACUGCGAAGUUAGCCCCCCUCCCUGGGCGCAAGUCCAGCUCCGGGCGUCGGCAUUGCGAUGGGUUUGGGCGAAUACUAAACAACAUCGGAAGAACCACUUCCAACUGUGGACCACUGGCCAGUUUACUCGCCAGCUGGAUUCGGCACUCCCAGGAUCCCACACGAAGAUGCUCUAUGACAGCCUGGAUCGGGAGAAAGCAGCAAUACUAGCUCAACUCCGCACGGGACAUGCCAGACUGAAUGGAUAUCUUCAUCGAAUCGGCAAGGCCGAUAGUGAUUUGUGCGAAUGUGGCACUGAGCGAGAAACAGUCCCUCAUUUCUUGCUUCGAUGUACACGGUGGAAUGAGCAGCGUCGCGCGCUGAUUGAGGCCACAGGGCCGAGCUUCGGUAAUCUGUCACAGAUGCUAGGAGGUAAACCUGAGAUUGGAGGAGAUUCGUGUGUAGCGAAUGGAAGAGCUUGGAAACCUGAUAUUAAGAUUGUCAGAGCCGCCAUCGCGUUUGCAGUGGAGACAAAACGGUUGGCUCCUGAAGGGUGA